AUGGGGCGGAGACGGAAGGGGGAGUGUCAGCACUCACGAGCAGCACUUGCGCCGUUCUCACGCUUUGAGGCCGCCACGCCCACAGCAGCAGCAGCCGCCACGCGUCCGGCACAGCCCCGACUCGCCACCCCAUCUCGCACUACUGAAGCCCAGGGUCUAGCAGGAACCAGGGAAGCACCAGACCCACCCACCCACUCACCCACUCACUCACUCACUCACUCACCCACUCACUCACCCACUCACUCACCCACUCACUCACCCACCCACCCACUCACUCACCCAAUCACUCACCCACCCACCCACUCACUCACCCACCCACUCACCCACUCACUCACCCACUCACCCACCCACUCACUCACCCACUCACUCACCCACUCACUCAAUCACUCACUCACCCACUCACUCAAUCACUCACUCACCCACUCACUCACCCACUCACUCACCCACUCACUCACCCACUCACUCACCCACUCACUCAAUCACUCACUCACCCACUCACUCAAUCACUCACUCACCUACUCACUCACCCACUCACUCACCCACUCACUCAAUCACUCACUCACCCACUCACUCACCCACUCACUCAAUCACUCACUCACCCACUCACUCAAUCACUCACUCACCCACUCACUCAAUCACUCACUCACUCACCCACUCACUCACCCACUCACUCACCCACUCACUCAAUCACUCACUCACCCACUCACUCACUCACUCACUCACUCACUCACUCACCCACUCACUCAAUCACUCACUCACCCACUCACUCAAUCACUCACUCACCCACUCACUCAAUCACUCACUCACCCACUCACUCACCCACUCACUCACCCACUCACUCAAUCACUCACUCACCCACUCACUCAAUCACUCACUCAAUCACUCACUCACUCACUCACUCACUCACUCACUCACCCACGGCAGGAGUAUCAGCGUUCAUCAGCAGGACUUGAGCCGUCCUCACACUCUGCGGCCGCCACGCCCACAGCAGCAGCCGCCACGCGUCCGGCACGGCCCCGACCCGCCACCCCAUCUCGCACCCGUCCGAAAUGCUCGGCACACACCGCACCACGCGUAACCGCGUUACCACAUGCCGUAACCGCGGCGAGAGCCAGUGCAUGCGCGUGGUGUUGA